AAAGUGUCCGUUGUCCUUAGAAGUUUACCAAAGCUAUAUUUUCCAAGCUGUCGUUGUUAUUGGACGGCUGUCAUUGAUAGCUAACUGGUUAGAUUGCUUGCUACGCUAAAGCUUGGAGGAAAACAAUAUUCGACAGCCAUGAAGAUGCACUGACGUUGGCUAGCUACGGAUCAUUCCCCCCCCCCCAGAUCUGUGUGUGCUGGGACCCAAUGUUGUCGUGGAGAGAGACGAACAGAAUGAGCAUCCAGUGAGAGCAGAUCGAAAGAGAGACCCACUUCUUUGACAUCACCCCCAGUCAGUUGUAUUUCAAUAGGUCCUUGUGGUUUGAGACACCCCAUCAGGCACCAUGACGUCCUCUAUGCUACGCCGACAAUUGAAGAACCUCGUUCAGAACUUCUCUGAGGCGGAGGUCAAGGUGAGGGAGGCCACCUCCAAUGACCCCUGGGGCCCCUCCAGCUCGCAGAUGGCCGACAUCUCGGACCUCACCUACAAUGUGGUGGCCUGCAACGAGAUCAUGACCAUGCUGUGGAAACGCCUCAAAGACGACAAGAACUGGAGGCACAUCUACAAGUCGUUGACCCUGCUGGAGAACCUGUUAAAGACGGGCUCAGACCGCGUUCUGAAUACGAUGAAGGACAACAUCUACAUUGUGAAAGCGCUAACAGAGUUCCGUUUCCAGGACAAGGAUGGGAAAGAUCAGGGGGUGAACGUGAGGGAGAAGGCCAAGGUAGUACUGGUUCUUAUGGAGGACGACGAGAAACUAAAGGAAGAGCGAGAGUCUGCGCUCAAGACCAGAGACAAGAUCUCAAAGAACGCCACUGCCUCCUCGGACGACCCCAACGACCCCAAGGACCCCAACUACAAGCCAGUGUAUGUCCCAGGAGCCACCGGGCUCCCCUCCCUGGCCAACAUCCCGUCUGUGGCUGAUCUCGCCGCCAGCUUUGAGGCCAAGAAGCAAGAAAAACUGAGACUAGAGGCCCAGAAAAAAGAGGAGGAACGAAGGUCAAAGAUGACCAAGGAAGAGCUUGAUUGGGAGGACGCCGCCAAAGCAGGAAAAGUUGCUGACGCCUUUUGCGGGGCAGAUGCGCCAUCAGAGGAGGAUGCAUGGGGUGCAGCAGCAAAGACACCCGCUCCUGAUCCUUGGGGGGUUGCGUCCAAAGCCCCAUCCGAGGAUGCAUGGGGCGGAUCAUCCAAAGCUCCCUCCGAGGAUGCAUGGGGUGCACCAUCUAAUGCUACAACAGAAGAAGCAGAUCCUUUUGCGGCGCCAGCCAGUGCCCCGACAGAAGGUUCAGAUCCUUUUGCGGCUACAAUAGAUGGUUCGGAUCCAUUUUCUGCACCAUCCAAUGCAUCAUCUAAAGUUGAAGCUGAUCCGUUUGGGGCACCAAAAGAUGAUCCCUUUUCAGCACCAUCCAAUACACCAAAAGAUGGUUCCGAUCUGUUUGGGGCACCAAAAGAUGAUCCCUUUUCAGCACCAUCCAAUACACCAAAAGGUGGUUCCGAUCUGUUUGGGGCACCAAAAGAUGAUCCCUUUUCAGCACCAUCCAAUACACCAAAAGGUGGUUCUGAUCUGUUUGGGGCACCAAAAGAUGAUCCCUUUUCAGCACCAUCCAAUACACCAAAAGGUGGAUCUGAUCCGUUUGGGGCACCAAAAGAUGAUCCCUUUUCAGGACCAUCUAAUAUGUCUAAAGAUGGAGCCGAUCCAUUUGGGGCACCAACAGAGGAUCCAUUUUCGGCACCAUCCAAUAUGCCAAAAGACAAUUCCGAUCCUUUUGGGGCCCCAUUGAAUACCCCAACGAAAGGUGCUGAUCCUUUUAGGGCACCAUCCAGUCCACCAACCGAGGCUUCAGAUGCAUGGGGUGCUCCAUCCAAUCCACCGUCCGAAAAGAAGGCUGAUCCCUGGGGAGACGAGGGAACCACAGCUGCCUCUCCCCCCGCAGAUCCAUUUGGCGAUAGCCCGAAGGCUGAUGAUGACGCAUGGGGACCACCAGCAUCGACUCCGCCCACCGCCAGUGACCCUUGGGGUGCAACUGCUGCUCCCACAGACACAGCAUCGACAAGUGACCCCUGGGGAGAUGGAGGAGCUUCCACCACUACAGACACUAUGAACUCUGACCCAUGGGGAGCUCCAAGUAAUGGCACAGACAAUGGAGCCGCCGCAGACGAAAACAACAAAUCGCCAGCUUCGUUCCUUGGCGCAGGAGCUUCACUCGUGAACAUGGACUCACUCCUCUCCUCCGAACCCAAACAACCCCCCCUCAACGUCCUUGCCAAGCAACAAAGCGUUUUACAAGGCCCAGGCCCUAUGGGCAGAGUCACGUCCAUUGCUGGCGUGUCUCGUACUACAAUCCCCCCAAACUCCAGCCUUUUUGGUUCCACCGCUAUGUCCUACGGUGUUACCCACCCCAGCUUUCGGUCCCCCAACCCCAUGCCGGGGACUCCUUUAUCCCAGCUAUCAUCCCAUUCCCUGGGCAUGCCUCGUCCUGGCCUGGCUAUGCCUGCAAUGGGUCCUCAGAUGGCACCCCCUUGUUUUGGAGCUGUGAUGGUACAACCCAAUUGUCUGGGGGUGAUUCCUCCGGCAGGUCACUCUGCAGUGGCCCACUUGGGAGCUUCCACUCCUCCAAUGGGACGCGGGGUCCCUUUGCAGCCACACAUGGUUUUGGACACUGGGAUGGGAGAGCCUCUUCAACAGAACAACAAUCCUUUCCUUUUUUGAAAAGCUACAACCUGCCCAGCUCACCUUCCUCAACCCCAAUAUCUACAAUGGUUAAUAUAAUGUACAUGUCCAAUUUAGGUGUAUGCAACGAUAUGUAAGAAAUUAAGCAAGGCAAAAUAUAUAAGUAUUUUGAAAUUAUUUUUCAUGGAAAAACAUUCCAUUUUGGUUGAUUCGAUUUUCAUUUAGGUUCUUUCAAGAGUGGGGAACUUAGCGGGGAUCGUAGGAGUUAGAUCCAUUUAGGUCUUGUGUGAUUUUGCUCUUGUGCUGUUCGUUUUCAGUUACGCUGACCAGGUUAUUGUCAAUGCUCGCGUUCUUUAUGCUUGACUCAAAAGGCUCUGAGAGGGAUGGAUAGAGGGUUAAGAAGACCUGAUAGCAAUAUUUGUACAAUCAUUACAAGAGCCUACAGUGGGACACGUACCCAUAAAGAACAGGAUGCUAGUAGAGACGCUUUCAGGAAGUGUGUGUGUGUGUGUGUGUGUGUGUGUGUGUGUGUGUGUGUGUGUGUGUGUGUGUGUGUGUGUGUGUGUGUGUGUGUGUGUGUGUGUGUGUGUGUGUGUGUGUGUGUGUGUGUGUGUGUGUGUGUGUGUGUGUGUGUGUGUGUGUGUGUGUGUGAGUGACCGGGCAUGUUUUGUGUGAAGAUGAGGUGAGGUCCUUCAGCAACAGUAACUUUUUAAAGUUUGAUUGUAUUUUUUAAAUUAAUUUAUUAUCCUAUUUCUUGUAUUUAUUUAUUAAACGAUUUGUUUGUUUCUUGAACACUUGGCCUCCAACAGACACUUUCGAAAAACAAACUAGAGCCAUAUUCAAAUUCAUUCAUAUGGACAGCAAACAUCAAAGUUGUCAUUUUCCCCUGGGUUUCUUGAGUUGAACAGUGACUUUGGUUGGAAAAGGUCAUAUCCAAUUGGAUAGAACCCUAAUCAUCCACAUUAUCAUCCAAUAACCAAUAGUGGCUUUAUUUCCCUUUUUAUCAUUUUAUACACAUGUAUAUGUCUACUUAUUGUCUUGUGUUCGGGAACAAACACAUUGUAUACAAAUGAAAGCUGGCUUUGUCAUCCUUUGUUUUCUGUCCUGCGAAGCUAUCUGUCAGUUGAAAGUUUUUUUGUUUUUGUCAAAUAUUUGUAUUGAAAGACAACAUUCCAUGCAUACAGUACUGUUAAUGUAUAUCUAUUCAGUGAGUUUUCAUCGUAAGGCCUAUUGGAUGGAUGUCAUGCUGUAUUUUUGCAUUCCUUCUUUGGCCUCAAACGAAACGGUCGAAGUACAACAAGACGGCGCACAAAACGUGAAGCGAAAUGAAAGUGGGACUGGAAGUCAACAAAUGAAUUGAUCUGAAUCGUAGAGCAAGUGUAUUAGUAUAGCUACGAUAAAUGUUAUCAUAGCUACUAUUAUAAUUACAUUUUUGUAUGAUCAAUCUUUAUUUUAUUGUGUAUGUCAAGGCUGUGAUGUAAACUGUGUCAGUACACAUUUGAGAAAUAAAAUGAUUCAAUUCCUGAGA